AUGGCAAGCAAAAAGCGUGAAGUCCAGCUACAGUCAGUGGUCAAUAGUCAGAACUUGUGGGAUGAGAUGUUGCUGAACAAAGGCUUAACAGUGAUUGAUGUUUACCAAGCCUGGUGUGGACCCUGCAAAGCCGUGCAAGCUUUAUUCAGAAAACUAAAAAAUGAACUGAAUGAAGAUGAGAUUCUUCAUUUCGUUGUUGCUGAAGCUGACAACAUUGUGACUCUGCAGCCAUUUAGAGAUAAAUGUGAGCCUGUGUUCCUCUUUAGUCUCAAUGGUAAAAUUGUUGCGAAGAUUCAGGGUGCAAAUGCACCACUUAUCAAUAGAAAAGUUGUGACCUUGAUAGAUGAAGAGAGGAAAAUUGUAGCAGGCGAAAUGGCUCGUCCUCAGUAUGUUGAAAUUCCACUAGUAGAUACAACCGAUGAAGAAUAUGGGGAAGUACAGUAUGAAAGUACUGUGGAAGUUUACAAUAUGGCAAUUAUCAAACCUGAUGAUGUACUGUUGAGAAAAAAUGUAGAAGUUAAAGAAAGAAUAAUCAAAGAGGGAUUUGUCGUAGAAAUGCAGGAUAACAUGAUUCUCCCUGAAGAGGUAGUGAGGGAAUUCUACAUUCAUAUGGAAGAUCAGCCUGACUUUGAAGAGUUUGUAUUUUCUAUGACAAAUGGCCUAAGCUGCGUGAUCAUUAUAUCUCAAGGAGACGACUCAGAGGUUAUUGAGGAAGAAACUCUCCCUCAGAUUGAUACAGAAGAAGAACCUGACAAUUUAGAAGAGCCUCACGUUAGGUUUGCACCUGUGCUGGUAAAGAAGAAACGGGACAGUUUGCAGGAGUAUCUGGACCGACAGCAUCUCUCUGAUUUCUGUGAUGUCGAGGACGAUGUGGUGAAGGUUUCUAAGUUCAUUGAUGUGUUAUUCCCUAAUUUUAAAACCAUGAAAAGCAUGAAUGUACAAAGGACGCUAGCAUUGCUGCAUCCAGAAGUCUGUGAGGAAGAGAAAGACAAGCUGAUAUGUCUGUGUGAUUCUGAGCUGAUGUUGUACAGUAGUGACACACCAUAUCUUAAAGCAAAAGGUUCAGUUUCUGUAACAUUAGGUGCAAGCUUAACUGUUGAUGUGCUUUUUCAGGUUAAGGAAAUUUGCAUGUAUUAUGUGGCUUAA